AGAUGACCCUAGAGCACAAAUACAUAUUGAAGUAGAGGCACGACAUACUUGUCAUAGUGAAAAAAGGGUUGUUGUUUCGUCGACGUUUAAACCUCGUCUGGAAAGGCGAAGACGACGUUGCUGUCCGCAUGAUAUCUGUGCGAGUUUUCGUUUCGAAUGUGUAUAACCAGACAGAGGUCCUCACGGCGGCCCGCCUCAGAUCUUCACGCGCGAAAGAACAGGCGUGAAGUGAUUGUUCGUCAUCUUCUCAAAAUUUCUUCAUCCUCCUCCACCACCUCUCCUGCGACGGACAAAGCUCAGACCUACGAGGACUACGUCCUAGAAGGCAAUUGACCUGGACUGCGACUCCGCGUCCUCGUUCGCCGUCGUAAUUGCGAGAGAGGCAUGAUGAAAAUGAAAUAAUAGCAAUGUCGAAACAAACCCCCGAACAACGCGAAGGCAAAUGCAGUACCGACUACACCCAUAGCAGUUGCAUUGGCAGGUAGCCAAGAGGUGCGCAAGUUGUGGCAGUGCGUGUUCACCUGCUUUGUUCACUCGAGAACAUGAUACCGCAGCAAGCAUCAACAGCGGCCGGAACGGUUGCGGGUCAGCAUCAUUAUGCAAGCGCGCGCCCCGCCGCGCCGAGUCCAGGAGGUGGCACCGAUGGCUUUUUGCAGAGCAUGUUCGCGUCUGCCACUACUGUUGCAGCGGCAUCUGGCGCGACUCAGGAACGCGUCGCCACACCAAGCUUCAUCAAACCGCAGCCGUUUUACGGUACACCGCCGCAGCGCGGGCGUGCACUAAAUGUACUGACACCGGUGAGCCUAGCGGGUAUUUCUUCUCGCCCAACGUCGAACUCGCCCGCACCGCAGUUAGCGGCCAGAACAGGAGCGACGCCGAUCAACGUGGCACAGCCGGUGACGGUCACGGGUACCGCAGCGGUCCGCCACAGUUCGGCGGACGGGCCCUUGGCCAUGCGGUCGACCUCGCCAUAUCGCAACAACGCGGCUCUGUUCAGCACUCCCCCAACGCGGCCGGUUGCGCCGCCGACGACUGCGAAUGUGCUAGUCAGCGGCAACAUCAAUCGACCACCAGCCUACCACUCGCCCGGUAUGCAGACCCGCGGAGUUGCCGUUGGCCAUCGCCAUUCCGGGGGGCUUGUUGGGUUGCAGCCAGGAGGUUUGGCUUCCGGCAACCUCCAGAUGGUGACUCGUGGUGGGGCGCGGACGACCUACCACCCGACGGCUGCACAGCAGCACAGACCACCAGUACUACCGUCAUCAAGUGCUGGGCACCAGCCGUCGAAUUCGAGCGUCAAGACCGCACCGGUACCGCCAAGACCUCCUGUCAGUCUCUCCAGCAAAGCACACAGAGCCGCACAGCAGCAGAUUAAAAAGCAGGAGGAGCGGCAAGAACAGCAGCGCAACGGAACACCAGGAACUGCAUCUGCGGAAGUAGGUGGAGCUACAACAGGGGCUGCUAGUUCAGCCAGCCUCUCGGCGUCGGAAUCGUCUUCGUCAUCGUCCAGGGCGGCGGGAUAUCCUGUGCAAAAGUAUCGUAGUCGUAGUAAUUGCAGUCAUGCAUGACAAAUCCAACUUUCUACCUGAACUAGCAUGACAAAUUGCUUUUUUGUUAUUGAAAAAAUCUGUGAUGCGAUUCAUACUAGUACGAUGCUUUUGCAAUGCAUACGGGAGCUAACGUGGGUGCUGCCACGAGUACAACAACAUUGGCCGUUCAUCCAGCAACCGGAACAACUUCUGCUGAUGCAUGUUCUGCUGCUGCAGGGUCAUCUGUGCCUGCUGCGUUUGCUGCCCCGGAAAGUACAAUUACAAGCGGGCAACAACUACACCGCGCGGCCGGUCAACUAGCGCCCACGUCACUUGCGCACACGCCGAAGCUCUCCCCGAGGCCCGUCCUCCGGGGAGUGCAACUCUUCGGCGGAACACCAUUUCAACACUCCUCUCGGUCAUCCAGUCUCACACGCUUGGGCUUCAGCCCGCAAAACAAACAGUACGGAAGCUUAUCCGCUGCGCCCUCGACUGGUGCUUUACCCACGACCGAUGUUCCCCCGAACAGUGCGCAAGCGCAGCAGAGGACGCUGCAGGCGGGGCUUGCGGUUGCUGGAGCCCAAGUGUCACUGGGUUCAGGCGGGCCAACAAUCGCGGGAGGCGGUCAGCACCCGUCAACCUCAACUUCAGCCAGUGGCGGCGCGCAAAUCCGUGCUUUGAGCCAGGGUUUGUCCGGAACGCCAUCGAGUGCGAGUUUGCAAGUAACCCCGCAGAAAGGCUUUCUUCAAACAAACGCGUCGCCCGGCCUGCACUUUCGAAGCAUGCAGUCAGCAGCGCUGAUGCAUCCACGAGCGCAAUCGCCGACACGAACUGUCAUGGCGACACAGCCCCGCGUUGCUCAACACCAGGAGGGGUCGCAGACCGCUGCGGGAGCGGGUCCUGCGCCGUCACUGAAUAUAGCCCCGCUCGCACAGGUAAGAUAACGCUUUUUUAUAGAAAUACGAAAAUGACACGGAUGUUAUGUUCUUCAUCUUCUACAAGAUACGCUUACUCCCCGCAGUGGCAGGAACAAAAAGAAAAAUUUUAUUUGAUUCGCAUGCAGCUUCACUUUGAGUCUGACUCUGAUGCGAUUGCGAAGAUAUUGAGCGGCAUAAGAAAAACACGAUCGCAAUUAAGAAAGUACUUCGAUCUUUCUACAGGCUAGCACGAGCACAUCCUGCGCCGGUCGUGACGACAUGACAAAAGCAGCCUAUACACCUGGCAGCGUGCAGGCUACUCAGGUAAGUGGAAACGACAAGAGUGCCGUGCACCUCUACCCCAGUGGAUCUUCCUUGGGUUCAGAACAGGCCGUUGGACGUGGGGCGUAUACCGAGGGUACAACGCAGUGCCAUGAUUUUCCUCCAAACGUCACUUUCGCAACCCCAGACAAAAGUCAUAGCAUUGCUGCUGCCGCUGCGUUACAGCGGCCCGCGUCGUCGUCCGCAGCAUCGCAAGUGUCAUCCGUUCUGCUUGCAGGAGCUCCACAAGGACACACGACUGCGACCACCGCGGCUGGGGUUCUUCAGCAUGGUCUGGCAAGCCAGGACCAGGAGAGUGACGAUGUCGGCAGUUCAGCACAACCUGCUGGAGGGGGUUCCACACUGUCGAAACCCAGUCCCGACGAGGGCAGUCCUGUGCUGCGAAUCACUUACAGUCCGAAAAUCCAAAGCAACUACAGGCCGCUCACUUCUUCGGUGCAGCAGAAAGCGCUGGCGCUGCGACAAAGACUGGCGGUCAUGACAGGUACAGAGCCCGCCGAACCGACCAAGCCCAGCUUCGUGUCGACUACCGUUCCUGUCGCACUUCCGCUCGAUGAGGUAGCGCCAGCAGCUGUUGCCGAAGCAGCAUCUUCCUUCCAAGCACGGGUGAAUCCGGUGCAUCCCCAGCCGCAGCUCACGAUGCAGCAAGGUUCAUCCACUGCGACGAGCAGCACGAGUGCGGGGGAAGGAGCUACGAGGUCCUCAUCAUCCUCAGCGGGUUAUCAUCCGGGUGAGCAGGUCACGCGGCAUGGAGAACCGCAGGCGCUGCCCGACCGUCAGCAGGGCAGCACGCUGAAACGCACAAAGUCCCCACAUAUUCUGGAGACCGUCAAGUCGGCAAACUUUCAAAAUAGUAUCAGCACCACUACGAGUUCUGCCGCGACCGCUAGACCGCGCGCCGCGCUUGUGAGAAAAGCUCAGCCAGGAACUUCGCUAAACGUGGCAGGCGCGCGCGCAUCCUCUCGUGGCCGCAGCCGUACGGGCUCCUACGGAUCCAACACUGGCGCGGCCACAGGAGGAUCAGCAGCGAGCGGCCGGCCGCUGAAACAACAACCAGGCAUGGCCGUUGGAAGCAGCUUAGCGCCAGCAGUUCCUUCUUCAUCCGUGCGGAAGAAAGUGCCUCCAACUGCUUCUACCGGCGGGGUGCCGUCAAGUACAGGCGCGGGCGGUGCUGCUGGUGGUAGUGGUGGUAAGAGCACAACAGGAGGAGCAAGUGCCAAAUUAUCACACCAGACGAGAAACAAGAAUGUGAAGUUUGAUGCGCCCGGUCGCACAACCUCCGCCACGGCUGCAGCAGGAGCAGUGAACGCGACGGAGUCCGCUCAGUCCUCGCCGACAACGACAUCGAGCAACAGCUCGAAGCGACAGUCGCCGACGGGUAGCGCGCUCGGGGGCUCGUCUAGCGCUGCAAGUGCAGCAGCUUCAUUUCCCUCGAAGAGCUCCAAUUUGGUGCACAGAAUUCCACCGGCGCAACCGAGCACACAGCACCGAGAACUUGUUUUGAACGUAGCUCCUGGCUCUCGUCCUGGUGCUACAGCAGCUGGAUUGCAUCAUUCGGGAACCGCUUCGUCCACGUUGACUGCAGAACGCCAACAACAAGCUGCCCAUCAGACUCUAAAGCCGCAGCAGGAAAUCAAAAACGACCGGGCCUCCACACGGUCCGCCUUGCCUGCAGCUGCAAGCGAGCACCAGAGAACAAGUGGUGUUUCUACCUCAUCUCCUGACCACGACGAUUACGCGCCGCCACCGCGGGACUUUCUUCAGGAGUCUGCUGCUUCAGUGUCGCAUCUGGGCCAGAGCCAGAGCGGGCAGGUCAACGCGGCAGACACCGAAAACGACCCCGAUUAUCUGAUCAUGGACCAUUACAUGAAACGGGAGUACGGUUUGUCAUUCAAGGACUACAACGCCAUGCAGGUGGAAGAAUCAUUGGAGUGCAUCCGCGUCAGUUUGGAGCUGAUCCGCCGCAAGGACGCGCAAAUUGACUUUCGCAACUUCGUGCUGUCACACCAGUACGAGUUCGUGGCGCCGACGUCGGCCGCGGGUAUUCCCGGGCAAGUUGACGUCGCCAGUGCUGCCGAAAUGGUCGCGCACUUGUCAGUACCAAACAGUACUCGCGCUGCAAAAGCAAAAGGCGCCGGCGGCUCAUCUACUUCAUUUGCAGCAGAAGUGGCAGAAGAAGAAAGAGGACAAAGCAGAGGCGAGCAACCGACCUCGACGAAUUCCUCUCCUUCGUCGUCGCUGAAGCACAGAAAGAACCGGCAGCUGAUCCAGCGUGUGGUGGAGUCCGUCUGCGCACUGCUGCAGUUCCACGACUUGCGUUGGGCCUCGAUUCUGGGCUACGUGAGCAAGGGCAUGUUCGAGCAGCGACUGAACCUGUUUCAGAUCAACAAAGUGCCCCGGCAGACGUUCCUCCGCGUGAAGGAAUAUUUGCUCGAUCCACAUGGUUCCGAGCACGGAGGUGCCGCAGAAGCUGACCACCAGCAGGAUCGCGAAAGAGCCACUUCCUCCGCUGUUCCCCGCCCCCCGGCGUACGACGAAGAGGCGGUCUUGGAGGUGUCUGCGAUCCUCGCCCCCUACGCACGCUUCGUGCGCAGCGCGAUGUUCUAUCUGCAAUUGACAAGGCAUAAGAGCCUGCCCGGCCCAGAGAUCGCCAAUCUCAAGGCCCACUCGCAGAUUCCGCAGUUUAAUGUGAAUGAGUACCGGGAAUGGUACCAAGCGGUAAAGGCGCAGUUUAACGCCGACCUGGCCGCUGUGCAGGAUUCGACGGAGUCAUCUGAGCAGCUGCAGGGGACUGUUGGUCAAAGCAAUGCCGGCGCAGCCGCGAAUCCUGCACAUGCGGAAGAGCAUGAGCAUCGGAAUGUUAGCGCUUCUCAAGAUCAGUCCGUGGGAGGACAGCCACCUCUCUGCGUCGAACAGGGGAACAAUCUCGAACACCGAGGAGUACAUCUGUUUAUUUUUGACUUUCAGUACUGUACGAGUACAUCGAGUGAGACGGCUCUUGCUGCAAAAAAGUGGAAGUACGCGUAUCAUUAAAAAAAAACAAAAGAAUGCGUGGGUGAAAAAAAACAACAUCACCAGCGAUCUGCUUUAUGAUGAUAUUCUUAUUCUAUCGCUCGACAUGACCACUUAAUAUCUCAGUCCCAGCUUCAUGUCGACGAAGAGCAGCAGAAAAACGCAGCGCAACACCGUCCGUCCACCUCGACAAGCGACGCCCCCCGAAGCGAAGCGCCCCGUCCUUACGACGAAGUUGCACGUGAAAAUUACUACACUCGCCCACUGGACCCUGCGGGAGGACUCCAAGAGUGUGUUACAACUAGUACACCGGUCCCGUAUUGUGCGGAGGACGAACUGCAGGUGCAGUUAUCGGUCGCUCAGUCGGCUGCGCCGCAACAGCAUCAACAACAGCCGGGGCAGCACCUCCAACAAGACGAAGACCGACGGUUUCGUGUCGUGCAGCAGCACGAGGAGACCAAAUUCAAGCAGCAGAAGCCAUUCUCCGAGUACCACCUGGAAAAGCAGCGCAAGCUGACCCUUGAGCGGAAAUUCGGGCGGGCUAGCAACUACACCCGGUUCCUGGUGGAUCCGGGGGAGUUCGAACUCUUUCCAGAUUUGGACACCCUAGAUCCCAGCCGGGAGGACGUCGUGGGACGGCACGGUUCCUCGCUGUUUGUGCACGAGUUGACCGUCCACAAGCGCGACGUCGGUCAGGUCACCUUCCACGGCGUUACAGACGUCCGCGGAAUCAACUUCCGCGAGGUCGUGCAGCUGUCUAGGGGAUGUGUCGUGGUAUUAACUAACUUAGUAGACGAUGAAUUUGCCGGCUUGAUUCUUUGUUUUCCUUUUCGAGGUCGGGGAUGAUAGAGAUUAUACAUAGAAGAUAAAAGCCCUAAGUAAUAUCUGCAAUCCCGUCGUUAUCGUUUUUCAGUUUUAUGUUUUCGCAUUAAUAUGAUAAGCACAAGCAAGAGAUCCAGAUUUUAACUUCAACUUGAUCCGUAUCCGUUUACUUCAACAAGGUGUACCCUCCGCCUUUGUUCUCGGAGGAGACGAAGCCACCCGUUGGUGAGGGAUUGAACAAACCGGCCUCCGUGAUCAUGUACAAUUGUCUGCCGCCGGCGAACUUCGCAGACCCCCAGGCGUACCUAGAUCGAGUGCGCAACAUGACGGUCGAAAAGGGCGCGGAAUUUCUUGGAUACGAUGGGCACUCGGGAAUUUGGCAAUUUCGUGUGAAGCAUUUUGGCAGCUCUCCGCCGGGCUAA